AUGGAGCUUAUCCCUGAUCUCCCCGAAACCGUAGCACGCGAGUGUCUCAUACGCGCCUCAUACCAGCAAUUCCCUCUGAUCGCAUCCGUUUGCAAACUCUGGCAGCGAGAAAUCAGCCUCCCUGACUUUUUCCGUCACCGGAAAGAUUCAGGCCAUAGCCAGGAGCUUGUUGUCUUGUCUCAAGCCCGGGUCGAGCCGGUUUCAGAACUCGGUUUGGGGAAAGCCAUCCCGACGCCCGUGUACGGAGUCUCGGUUCAUGAGUUAGAUUCCGGUCUGUGGACCGAGCUUCCUCCGUUUCCCGGUAAAUCCAACGGAUUGCCUCUGUUUUGCAGAUUGGCUUCUGUCGGAUCUGAUCUUGUUGUUUUGGGCGGGCUUGACCCGGUCACGUGGCGGACCUCUGAUUCGGUCUUCAUCUUCAGUUUCUUGACCUCCACGUGGCGCAAGGGGACGAACAUGCCAGGUGGACCCCGUUCCUUCUUCGCCUGCGCUUCGGAUUCUGAACGGAACGUGUUCGUGGCGGGUGGGCACGACGAAGACAAGAACGCUAUGACGUCAGCUUUAACGUAUGACGUGGCAGAAGACAGGUGGGCUUUUUUGCCAGGUAUGUCCCGCGAGCGAGACGAGUGCACGGGGGUUUUCCACGGUGGCAAAUUCCACGUGAUAGGUGGUUACGCCACGGAGGAACAAGGACAAUUUAGUAAAACUGCUGAAUCAUUUGAUGUCAACACGUUCCGGUGGGGUCCGCUGGCGCACGAUUUCCUCUCUUCCGGGAUGACUACGUGGCCUCCGGUGUGUGCGGCCGCUGAAAAUGGAGAUCUCUACGCUUGUUGUCGCCGUGAUCUGAUGGUGAUGAGAGGUGGCACGUGGCAGAAAGUGGGGAAUAUACCUGCUGACGUGUGCAAUGUAUCUUACUUGGCGGUAAGGAGGUCUGGGAAGCUGGUCGUGAUCGGUUCGGCUCGGUAUGGUGAACCAAGUGUAGGGUAUACGUGGGAUAUGAGCGAUUCUCGAUGGGUAAAACUGGAAACGCAUGAGAAAUAUGAAGGUCACGUUCAAACUGGUUGUUUCUUGGAGAUAUAA